CCGGGGCUCCUCCCUCUUCUGCCCCGGGCUCCCCUGCUCUUAACCCGCGCGCGGGGGCGCCCAGGCCACUGGGCUCCGCGGAGCAAGCGAGAGGUCUGCGCGGAGUCUGAGCUGCGCGCGUCCCGUCCCAAGGCCGACGCCAGCACGCCGUCAUGGCCCCCGCAGCGGCGUCGGGGGGCAGCACCCUGCCCAGUGGCUUCUCGGUCUUCACCACCUUGCCCGACUUGCUCUUCAUCUUUGAGUUUAUCUUCGGGGGCCUGGUGUGGAUCCUGGUGGCCUCCUCCCUGGUGCCCUGGCCCCUGGUCCAGGGCUGGGUGAUGUUCGUGUCUGUGUUCUGCUUCGUGGCCACCACCACCUUGAUCAUCCUGUACAUAAUUGGAGCCCACGGUGGAGAGACUUCCUGGGUCACCUUGGACGCAGCCUACCACUGCACCGCUGCCCUCUUUUACCUCAGCGCCUCGGUCCUGGAGGCCCUGGCCACCAUCACGAUGCAAGACGGCUUCACCUACAGGCACUACCAUGAAAACAUUGCUGCCGUGGUGUUCUCCUACGUAGCCACUCUGCUCUACGUGGUCCAUGCGGUGUUCUCCUUAAUCAGAUGGAAGUCUUCAUAAAGCCGCAGUAGAACUUGAGCUGAAAACCCAGAUGGUGUUAACUGGCCGCCCCACCUUCCGGCAUAACUUUUUAGAAAACAGAAAUGCCCUUGAUGGUGGAAAAAAGAAAACAACCACUCCCUCACCGCCCCAAAAAAAAAAAAAAAAAGUCCUGCCCUGUUGCUUGUGGGUGCCGUGUUUACUCUCCCGUGUGCCUUCGCGUCCCGGUUGGGAGCUUGCUGUGUCUAACCUCCAACUGCUGUGCUGGCUGCUAGGGUCACCUCCUGUUUGUGAAAGGGGACCUUCUUGUUCGGGGGUGGGAAGUGGGGACUGUGACCUGAGAAGGAAUCAAAGAUCCUCUGCUGACCCCUGGAGCAGCUCUCGAGAACUACCUGUUGGUACUGUCCACAGGCUCUCCUGAGCACCCCAUCUUGUGCCAUGUUUUAAGUCUUCAUGGAUGUUCUGCAUGUCAUGGGGACUAAAACUCACCCGACAGAUCUUUCCAGAGGUCCAUGGUGGAAGAUGAUAACCCUGUGAAAUACUUUAUAAAGUGUCUUUAUGUUCAAUACA